UUAUUUUUGUAUCAAAACUUUCCAACAUGUGGACUGAGAGUAGUGAAUCACCAUGCUUGGGAUCAGUGCCAGUCGUUAAGGGAAAGUUUGAAGAUAUGCCCAAAUCUGCCCAACGCUUUGUUGCUAAAUGGGUGGAAAUAUGUAAGCCAACAGGAGUGUACAUAUGUGAUGGCAGCAAAGAAGAACGUGAAGAACUUACAAAAAAAUUAGUUGAAUUGGGUUCUUUACAUAAACUACCACCGUAUGAAAACAACUAUAUCACAUGUACUGAUCCAAGUGAUGUUGCUCGUGUUGAAUCAAAAACUUGGAUCUGUUCAGAGCAUAAACAUGAUACUGUACCAGAUGUAGCUCCAGGAGUUAAAGGUGUUCUUGGUCAAUGGAUUUCACCUAAUGAUUUGAGUACUGAAAUUAAAGACCGUUAUCCUGGUUGUAUGGAAGGUCGUGUACUUUAUGUGAUUCCAUUCAGUAUGGGUCCAAUUGGAUCACCAAUGAGUAAAGUUGGGAUUGAAAUAACUGAUAGUAUUUAUGUUGUACUAUGCAUGAUAAUUAUGACACGUAUGCAUCCAGAUGUAUGGGACGUUAUUGAAUGUUGUAAGGAGUUUGUUAGAUGCGUUCAUAGUGUUGGAUGCCCUACUUCAUCUCAUCGCAAAAUCAUCAAUCAUUGGCCAUGUAAUCCAGAGAAAACUUUAAUUUCUCAUGUACCUAAAGAACGUUUAAUUAUGAGUUUUGGCAGUGGUUAUGGUGGUAAUUCAUUAUUAGGGAAAAAAUGUUUUGCAUUACGUAUUGCUGGUUGUAUUGCUCGUGAUGAAGGCUGGUUAGCUGAACAUAUGUUAAUUAUGUCUGUAACAAAUCCAAAAGGUGAAGAGAAAUUCAUAGCCGCUGCUUUUCCUAGUGCUUGUGGUAAAACAAAUAUGGCUAUGCUUGAACCAUCAUUGCCUGGUUGGAAAGUACAAUGUGUUGGAGAUGAUAUAGCAUGGAUGCGUUUUGAUGAACAUGGUGUUCUUCGAGCAAUCAAUCCAGAAGCUGGUUUCUUUGGCGUUGCUCCAGGUACAAACGCUAAAACUAAUCCGAAUGCAAUGGCUACAUGUAUGAAAAACACUGUUUUUACUAAUAUUGCCCAAACUAAAGAUGGUCAUAUCUUUUGGGAAGGACUUGAAGAUCAAUAUAGUCCUGAUACAGAAAUUAUCACAUGGCUUGGUGAUCAUGUUAAAUUAUCUGAUAAAAGUAAAGAUCCUAAAGCACAUCCAAAUUCACGAUUUUGUUGUCCUGCUAAUCAAUGUCCAAUUAUUCAUCCUAAAUGGGAAGAUCCACAAGGUGUACCAAUUUCAGCUAUAAUUUUUGGUGGUCGUCGACCUGAAGGUAUACCAUUAGUUCUACAAUCAUUUGAUUGGAAACACGGUGUUAUGUUAGGUGCAGCAUUAAAAUCAGAAGCAACUGCGGCCGCCGAAUUCAAAGGUAAACAAGUUAUGCAUGAUCCUAUGGCUAUGCGUCCAUUUGUUGGUUAUAAUUUUGGACAUUAUUUAAAUCAUUGGCUUAGUAUGGAGAAACCAUCACAUAAAAUGCCUUCAAUAUAUCAUGUGAAUUGGUUCCGUUUAAAUAAACAAGGUAAAUUUGUAUGGCCUGGUUUUGGACAAAAUAUACGUGUUAUUGAUUGGAUACUUCGACGUGUUAAUGGUGAAGAUAUUGGUGUCAAUUCACCAAUUGGUAUUUUACCUAAAAAAGGUUCAAUCAAUUUCGAUGGUUUAAACGUUGAUUGGGAUGAGAAUUUUUCACUACCAAAGGAUUAUCUUUUAGAGGACAUUGAUGAAACAAUGAAAUAUUUACAGGAACAAGUUGGUAAAGAUUUACCAGCUGUUAUUCAAAAUGAAUUAAACAAUCAACGUGAACGUAUUCAAUCUCAACUUUAAAUGGUAAAUUUCAUUUAACAAUUAAUGACAAUACUGCAACUUGAUCACUGAAUAAUGAUCAAUUUUUGUGUUUGUUUAAUCAUUUAACAUUGAACGAAAUUUAUUAAUUAUUCAGUUGUAAAUAACCCUGUCUUGCAGGAGGUCAUUCACGGUCCGAAUAAUUCGGUAGUGGUAUUUCAGACUGAAUCUAGUUGAUGUGAGCUCGAACCCUACAGGAAGUAACAGAUUUCUCAAGACUACAAAUACAUCUUACUACAAAGUUAAGGUGGCCAGCUGAAUGAUUUUAAUGUUGAUGAGUUCUCUUUGUUAGAUCAUUUGUUUAUAAACCGAUUGUAAUCUUUUGAAACAAUCUCAAUAUCAACUUACUUUCAUGUGUUUACUGUGUAGAAGUUCGUUCCGUCCUACUUUAUGGUAGUGAAACAUGACCGGUAAGAGUAGAGGAUAUUCGUAGGCUACUAGUAUUCGAUCAUAGGUGUCUUCGAAAUAUUACUCGUAUAUCCUGGGACCAUCGAGUAAGUAAUGCAGUUGUUAGGAAACGGAUACUAGGUAAGUAUGGCAAAUCAAUUGAUGAAGCAGUGAAACUUCAUCAGUUGAGAUGGCUGGGAAGUAUGCCCAACCACCGUUUGCCCAGACAUGCGAUGUUUUAUGGUGUAAGAGUAGAUUGGAAGAUUUCACUGAACAGUACUAAAUUCCAGGUUCAUAGUCUAAAUUAGUAAAUUCCAAUUACAUCGCCUAGCCAGUAAUGAAUGCAUAAACCGCCUCAAGGUCACGACGGGUAUAUCAAUAUUAGCAUAUUGUCUGCCAAUGAUGAAAUCAAUGACCUCAUUGAGAUACUGUUGUCCAAAGGUUGUAUAAUGAGUAAAUUUACUCCAUAGUUCAGCUUUAAUCUUAUCAUUCUGAUCCAGUUGUUUAUAUUAACAAAUAUUAUUACUUCAAUAGUUGAGAUCAUGAGUCAAGUGAAGCUAGACCACCAUGGAAAACUUGGAAGCACUGGAAAGCCGUUUCGUUCUAUAGUGGGACUUCUCAGCAGUGCCCAUCCACGAUCUCGCCUCACGAGAUUCGAACUCAGGACCUAUCAGUCUGGAGCCAGCAUCUAAUGGUGUUAAUGCCUAACUUUAACUAAUCCACGAAUUUGAGCGAUACAUCCAUCAUUGUCUUCAAUGAGUUACUAUCUCACAACAGACCUGGUUCAACUCCACUGGUUAUAGCUUCUCACUAUAAUUCCAGGAAAUACCUCUUGAAGCUAGUCACUAGUGAGCAUAUACUGAUUAGUAUCAGAAGGGGUUUUUAUAGAUAUAUUACAGUAAUUAGCUGUGUACACUACAAAUUGUAAUUAUUCUGUAUGCUUUCUUACUUUUUUCCUCAUAACUUCUUGAAGAAUAAAUCAGAGGAAGAAGAAGAAGACGAUGACGACGACGAUGAGAAUGAAGAAGUCAAUGUCUAAUCAUUUUCUUUGACUUUAUGUGCUUUCUAAUUUUUUUUUGUUUCUUGUUGCUGUUGUUAUUGUUGUUAGCUAACUUCUAUUGUUGUUCGUAGACAUUAAUUAUAACUUGUUCUUUUUGUUUUUGUAUUACUUUUAAUAUUACUACUAAUACUACUACUCACAAUAAUAUUCAUUUAUAUUGUCGUUAUUGUUUUAUGGUAGUAUUCUUAACAUUAUUGUGAUCCAACGAACCUUUUCAAUGAAAAUACAAUACAUUACAAUUCCU